AUGCGUUCAACUCAGGCUGUGUUAUCGCUGUUGGCUCUGGUAACAUUGCUCAACGCAAAUCCUGUCGAUGUGAGGAACAAGCUAGUGCCACGAUUUGAUCCUUUCAAUCCGUGCUACUCUUGCUUCCGAAGCACGUGGACUGCGGGCCCGGAGUGUACAACGGAUGAGCACCUUAGGUCGACACUAAGCCGUGUCACAAAUCCGCCAGCUUCUGCGACAUCUACAUACACAGCUACAGAAUGGUGCAGCAAUGAGCUCAGACAGACAGACUGGAGUACGGUUUACACAACAAGCAGCGGCGUAUCAACCUACACUAAUUGGUCCAUAACCCACCUCUUCGUCACAAAGACAGACCUAGACCAUCCUACGUCCACACGCCUCUGCCCCAUCCCAUCUCCUUCCAUGGAAUGUGGCUGGAGCAACCCUAACAUUAUCGCACCCCUCGACCAAGGCGAAGACUGGUCUAUCGAGCACUACUACAACUCCACCGAGUGUCAGCAAGUGUGCUUGGAGCAUCCAGCUUGUAAAGCAUAUCGCGUUGAAAAUGCCGACCAAGGAGGCUCGAAUUGCGAGAUCUUCAAUGUUGGGAUUGGGGUUAAUGGAAGUAACGUGAUUUCAGCGAGUAAGGGCGGUGUGCCGCAGUGGUGGGAUAGAGAUUGUCCAGAUCAUGCACCGACUGAGUGUAAAAAGGGCAAACUCCCUACGGCCACACCUGCCAAGACCACGAAUCCAUCCACCUCCCGUCCUAAGCCUACUACGGUAUCAGCAAAGCAUCCUGUACCCCGUCAGCCCGAAAUCACCCCCGCUCCGCAAAUCGAAAAGAUCGUGCCGAGGGAAGCAAUGAACCUCCAGAAGCGCAUCGAACCUGUUCCGAACUAUAUGUCAGAUCUCGAAUACUUUUGGUCGUCUAUUUAUCUAAUACCGGCGUGCUCUUGUCUUAUCACAUCUGCGAAGCCACCGACGAGAUCCACGACAACGAGUACGGUUACUAGCUGGACGGCUUCUACGACUGUAUAUACGACGUAUGAGGAUUGGUUUACGGUGACUACGACCCCGAGGGAGACGACUAUUUUCGUGAGCGUUAAUUGAGAUGCUGGAGACUCUAGAUAUGAAAUGUAUAUGAUGUAGCCGGUUUUGAGCAAAAAGAGAUUCUCCAUACUACAGAGAGGCAGAUCAUCAUCUUCUUUGUAGUGAUGUUGAGGUCUGCUCUGUGUAUAUAUUUCCGGUCUAUGUUGGAGUCGAAGUAAAUGGCAGUCUC